AUGGCAGAAAGGGAAGAAGAGUUCUUUCAUGGAGCUCCCCCUCCGCCCAAUCUUUCUCGUGUUCGAGACGAAGUCGCGGCUUUUGUAAGGCGCCAACGCUCCAGAGGCCGAAAAGUUGUCUUUAUAACUUCUGGAGGUACGAGCGUCCCGCUGGAGAAAAACACGGUUCGUUUCCUUGACAACUUCAGCAGCGGUGGGCGGGGCUCGUCCUCCGCAGAAGUGUUCCUAAGUCGUGGUUAUGGGGUGAUCUUCAUGCACCGGGCUGGCUCCUUACGGCCGUUUCACAGACACAUAACGAAUGGGGACUUACUCGAUUGCAUCAAAGUUGAAGAUGAAGGAACCAUCACUAUUAGUGUUGAUGGCAAGAGGAGAGAGAACCUUCUAGAAGCUGUGUCCCUGUACCGGAGAGUCAAGAGUGACGAGUCACUGCUGCUGGUUCCUUUCACCACCGUCUUUGACUAUGCCCACCUACUGAGGGAUAUCUCACUGCUAUUGAAUCCUCUAGGUAAAGAUGUAGUCAUAUACCUCGCGGCUGCCGUGUCUGACUUCUACAUACCCCACGACGAGAUGUCAGAACACAAGAUUACAUCAUCGCAGAACUUGCAGCUCUCCUUCCACCGUACACCAAAACUGAUUACCCCACUGAGGAAUUCCUGGUCUCCGCAGGCUUUCACUGUCACUUUCAAAUUGGAAACUGACGACGAGCUACUUGUACCACAUGCAAGAGAGGCACUCAAGAAAUACAGACAUCAGGUGGUGGUUGCUAAUCUACUCCAGAGCAGGCAUACCAAGGUAACCAUAGUAACAGAGGAGGGGAGGAGGAGAAGGAGAGAGGAGAGAGAGAAAUCGAACAACUCAUUGUUGAUAAAAUCAUUUCCAAACAUUCCGAUUAUACCAGCUCAUGAGAUUUUCAUGUGUUUGUAGAAUAACAUGGAUUUGCAACUAUGAUGAUAGGAAGGAUGUAAUACUGCAUGUCAAUAAAAAUGAUGAAAUCAGUUCUGAAGUGAUGAUGAAAUUUGUGACUGCCUCAGUACAUAAUAGUGUGACUAUGACGAUGUAAUUAUGACAUCAUUGGCUCAGUCAGACUGCUGCUGGUGUCUGGUUCCAUUCCAUCCCAGUCACCAGAGUCCUGGAACGGAUCGAGGACGGGGAGGAGUGGGAGGGCGUGGUUGAGUAUUCUCUCAGAGAGCUGGGUGGCGUACGACUCCAGACUGGCCAUGUUCCUCUC